AUGGUGGUGACUACUAGAAGCAGAUCGGCCAAGGUUCCUACCAAGAUAAAAUUUCUGGAAGCCGACAACAGUUUAAAUGAAGUUGAAUACCACACAGCAGAGGAAAAUGAAGAGGAAGAGGAAGAGUCCAGUUCAGAGGACUCUGACGAUGAUGCUCCAGAGGAAGAAUCAUUAAGUACAGCCAAGCAAGACAUAAUAAAUAAGCAAAAGAAACAAAAGGAAUUAGAGGCACAAAGAAGAAAAGAAGAAAGAGAAAGGCGGAGAGAAUUAGACCUCAAAAACAAGGAACAGAAACUGAAGAAGAAAGAAAGAGAACAACCACAACAAGAAGAAAACGAAUUGCCUGAUUUCUUACCUGACGAUUUGAUAGAGGCAAUCGAAAAUGAUGGCCUCUUAGCUGCCCAUACCCAAUCAAAGCAUUUGAAGGUCCAGGACUUCGAAGAAAUGGACCAAAAGUUAUUGCGCCAGAAAAUCAAGCAAGAGAAGUUGAGAGCAAUCAAGUUGUCGAAAAAGUUGUCUGUUAAUAAGGGACCUGUUCAAGUCAAGGUACAGAGUUUUAACAGCAACAAGAAAUUAGUUCCAAAGUCUGAAUCUAGGAUCGUCAAGUCCAAGGACAAGUGGUUGAAGAGAAAGUCUCUCAACAGAAAGUAA